CCCGUCCCCCAAACCCGUCCCUCGCGCGGAGGCCUGGGACCCGCUUCCCCUCCCUCCCCCCCGCGGAGGCUUGGGCCACCCCCGCGGGGGCGUGUAGGGCCCCAGAAUAGCUAGGGACGGCCCUGGGGGCGCGGAUCCGGGUCUGAGGGGCCAGUCCAGUAGGGCCGCCCCUCCCUGCCCCAGCUGCAGCUCCCCCUCCCUCUAGGAGGAGCUCCGCAGUCCAGUCAGCCCAAGUGGAAGCCGCUCGGCUGGGCGGGGUGGCCGCUGCUCUAUUAAUGCAGGGGCUGGCGGUGGCUUGGGCUGCCCUGUCCCCAUCCCUAGCAUGCAGUGCUCCCCGAGCCUGGUGCUCGCCCUCAGCUCCCUCCUGGGCGCCCUGGGCUUCCUGCUGCUCUGCCUCAACCUCCGUGCCCCGGCCAGGUACGGGAAACACCAGGAGAAGCCGGGCAAGCCCUGGACCAGGGUGCCCGCCCGCGGCGCCUGGUUCCUGCAGGAGCUCCCCUCCUUCUUGGUGCCCGCGCUGCUGCUGGCGCUGCGCAGCCAGCCCCGCCUGGAGCCCCUGGGCUGCCGGCUGCUCUGCGGCAUGUUCUGCGGGCACUACUUCCACAGGACGUUUAUUUAUUCAUUCUUCACGAGAGGCAGACCUUUCCCACUGCAGAUACUUCUCUUUGGCACGCUAUUCUGUAUCUAUAAUGGUUUCCUUCAAGGGUACUACAUGAUUUACUGCGCUCAAUACCCAAAAGAUUGGUUCACUGACUUCAGAUUUACAUCAGGUGUUCUGUUGUUUUUGAUUGGCAUGGGAAUCAAUAUUCACAGUGACAUCCUGCUACGCCAGCUAAGGAAACCUGGAGACCAUACUUACAAGAUUCCACAAGGUUUUGUUGCAGGUCUUUCUGCUGGGUCGCCAUCUCGAACAGCAGCUGCUGUUGUUGGGUUGUCUGGAGCUGUUGUUGAGUGGCCCAUUGCAACAGUUGCUGCUGAAACUCCCGUUGCUGGGUUGACUGCUGUGGCUGGCUCCCUGUCAGUCAGCCACUUGCACCAUUGCUCUGGAUCUAUGCUACUUGGGUUCUUCGUCUCUCAGGGGGACUGUUCACAUAUGUAUCUGGAGCUAAUUUCUUUGGUGAGAUAGUGGAAUGGUUUGGCUAUGCCAUAGCAACCUGGUCCAUACCAGCCUUUGCAUUUGCACUUUUUACACUGUGCUUCAUUGGGCCACGUGCUUAUCACCAUCACAGGUAUCAAAACCAAGAUUGCUUCAUGCUCACCUACACUUGCAUAAUCCAGGGAUGGGGGUGGAAUUCAGGAUAAAGUUGAAAUGUCAGUACUGUGUAUUGAAGCAGAAAUUCCUCCUUAUUCAAUGUAAAGAACAUUUAAUGUGGGGACAUCAGGAAAAAGCAUGAUGUGGUGGUGUUUAGCAAGUGGAGUUUUCAGUUGAUUCCCUCAUUACAUUUUCUAGAGCCUCCAUUUUUAAAAGUGACAUGGUUUCGGGUACAUUGAUUUUUGGGGGCCCAACUUGAAGCACCUUAAUAGGACCUGAUUUUUAGAAAGUAUUGACCAUCCAUCCUCUGAAAAUCAGACCCCAUUAAUGUGAAUUAUAUAGUCAACACUGAAAUGGAAGAAAGUGUUCCAUCAGCAAAGGUAACAGCCUCUAUUGCUGAGCAUUCCUACAAGCCUCUAGAGCUUCCAUGAGGCAAGGAAAGUGCUUUAGUCCAGGCCAGGAGCAGUUCUUGGCUACCAUUAGUGAUCCAUACCUGGACAUUUUGGGGUGAAAUAAAGACAGCAGUAAACUGUAACUCCAAAAAAGUCAAAGGGGCUGACUGCCAUUUACAUUAAACCCCUUUACACAGCUCUGGCAAUGUAAAGGGGCUUAAAGUGACUGUAAGCUACAUUACAUCUCCACCCAUGUUAAAGGCCCCUUUUGACUGCCACAGCAGUGUAAAGGGGCUAUAAUGUAAAUGUGAAUCAGAUCCUAGCAAUUUACUUUGGAUUUACACUGGUGUGAAUAAGAGUGGGAUUUUGCCCUUAGAGCUACAAAAGAUACUGCAAGAAUUCAGAUUUCAGUCAUAACUUUAACAUUAUAUUACGUUUUGAUAUUUAAUGUUACUUUUGUGUAAAUCUUUUAAAAUGUCUCUUUUAUGCAGUUACUGAAAUUGGUUACAAAGUGAGGCAUUUGGGGGGGGGAUUGCAGGAUGGAGGAAGAUUAAGCUUUGUUAAAGCUAUAAGUGAAGUUUUCUGGCAUACAUGCAGUUUCACUCUCAUUUAUUGUCUUUCAGAUACUAUCUCAGGAUGUUUACAGACUAUCCAAAAUCAAGGAAAGCCCUGAUUCCUUUCAUUUUUUAAAGUCUGAAAAUGAGGACUCCUUUGUUUUUUAGGGGGGGUUUACAUAGUCUAAUUGUAAACUGAGGUUUCACUGUAAAAAAUGUGUGUAAAAUAAUAUUGUUGGUUUAAAUGAUCAAUAAUGUAAUUCCAAACUAACACUCUUGUGUUUAACUACAGUAGGUACCACAGAUAACUUUACUUGGAGACACUGAGGUAGCUGAAUGUGCAAAGGGAGCCCUGCCAAACAAUGGGCAUGAUUGUCAAUGGAGUUACACCAAUGUAAAACUGAUGUAACCCUAUUGAUGUCAAUGGAGUUACAUUGGUUUAACACUGGUGUAUGAGAGUAGAAAAUCAGGCACAAUAUCUGUAUUACCUCUUUGAACAAUAACUUUUCUACUGCUAGACUACUACUAUUUCACCAUCAGGGAUCAUUCUGUUGUUCAUUAAAGCAUUCACAGCUACCUCAGGAUUUUUGUCUUGCAAAUCCAGAUUCUCUUCAGACAUGUAAAAGCUGUCCACCCUCUAUUGCUAUUCUUACAAAGACCGGAGGUGCUAAAAGUAGGACAAAAAUAAAAACCACAUAAGACAUCUUCUAGUGAAUGAAGACGUUCUCUGAUGCCUGUACUUAAUUUUGUCCAAGGAGAACAUUGUCAGAUAUUCUCCAUCUUCUGAACUGACACAGGAACAUUGCUGAAUUUCCACAGAAGCCCAGUGUGUCUCCUGCUACCUUCAGAAGAUAGUAAGGAUUUUUUCCUAAGGUUUCACCAAUUCCAAUAGGAACACAGUUCCCAAAAAAAACUAAUAUUGUUAGUUACUUAUUAGAGCAUAAUAUAGAUCACAGUAAUUAUCCCAGUCGAUGGGGAAGACAAAGGUCAGACUCCCACAAACUAAACACAUUAUGUGCCUCUGAAAAUUGCCUUUGGAUUGAUUGUAUGCAAUUUUAUAUACAGUACAAUAAAGUUUAUGUAAAACAGUGA